AUGGAGCGUUUUUUCCUGACAAAAGGUGAAGAAGAGCCGGAGGUUCGCCGGGCCAAGCUUCCCUUGCUGGGAAGCCUGGAACCCGUGGCGGCUUCCCCGAAAGACGCAGGCGCAUCAGCCGGCGACGACGAUGAUCCUUUGGACGCCUACAUGAACCAAAUUUCCGAACAGAUUCAAGUGGAAGAUGAAGCUAUUCGACAGCGACAAGAGCGCGAAGCAGCUGAAGAGAAAGCCGCUGGAGGCGCGGGGCGAGGCGCAACUUCCGGGGCAGAGGCAGACCCGACUUGUGGAAGAUUUGUCGACGAUGAUGACCCUCUCGCCGACAGCUACGCGUAUGUUUUGGAUCAACGACAGAAGGAGGCCGAGGCACAGGCUGCGAACCUGUUGAAAGCAAGAAGGAAGAAGACACGGGGCGGAGAUUCGGACGACGACUUUGGCGGAGAAGAUGGCGAGGUUCGAGGCACGAAACAGCUGGCUUCAGUGGACCAUAGCAUGCUCGUCUACCCAGCCUUUCAGCGCGACAUUUACACCGAGGCUGCGGACCUGUGUAGCCUUUCCCAUGAGGCUGUCGGCGAGCUCCGCGCGUCGCUGCAAAUCCGGAUCACGGGUCUGAACGCUCCUCGCCCAAUUGCGUCCUUUCUCCACCUCAAAGAGUCUCUGUCAAAGGCGCUUUUCGCUGGAAUCAACAAGCGAGGCUUCACGCUGCCGACGCCCAUCCAGUCCGCAGCCAUUCCCUGCCUAAUGCGAGGCAGAGAUGUCCUAGGAUUGGCUGAGACUGGCAGCGGCAAAACUGCAGCGUACCUGAUCCCUGUCCUUGCGCGCCUCCAGCACCUGAAGGAAGAAGAAAAGUGGCCGAAACAGCAUGUGGUUUUCGCCGACAAUCGGCCCGAGAAAGUUGGAGCUGCGCUUCGAGCUGGACCCGCCGCGCUGAUUCUCUGCCCCACACGGGAGCUGGCAGUGCAAAUUGACGGCGAAGUGCAUGCGCUCCUCGCCAAGGCGAAGCUGGCGCAUGCGGCGGUGCCGCUGAAGCAUGCGCUCCUCGCUGGCGGCUUCGACAAAACCGAGCAGUACAAGGCGCUGAAGGUGGGCGUGGAUCUGGCUGUCGCGAACCCCGGGCGCCUGAUCGAUCUCGCGACGAUGAAGGGGCUCGAGGACGUGCUCAAGAAAGUUGUCAUGGUGGUGAUCGACGAAGCGGACAAAAUGGUCCAAAUGGGAUUCGAGAAUCAACUUCGCAGCAUCUUGAGCGCACUGCGCCCAGACCGGAUCACGUGCAUGUUCAGCGCGACGCUGCCACAGCGCUGUGAAACGAUAGGCAGGCAGUUCCUGCGCAGCCCUGUGAAGAUCACCAUCGGCGAAGGUGGACAGGCGGCGAAGUCUGUUGAGCAGAACGUCGCGAUUGUCCACAGCGAGGAAGGGAAGUUUCACUGGGUGGCUGCACACCUUCUGUCUCUGCUCUCGUCGUCCGACCCCGGCCAAGAGCCCCCGUCGGACAACGGCCGGGUUGCAGUGGUGUUUUGCAACACGCAGCAGCGGUGCGAAGAUCUGGCCUUUCUCCUCGAGGCGGAACUUUCGGCGCAAAUGGACGACCUCGCUCGCGCGGCUCUCGCGCCGAGCUCCUCUGCGUCGCCGGCGCCUGGGGUGGAACGGGCAAAGCGCGAGAGAGACGAGUGCCAGGCGGGCGCGAGGGACGAGGAAAAGGAUGCGAACUGGGGCGUGAAGCGAAGGGUGACUGCGACGAAAGAGUUGACCCGAAACGAAAACACAAAGGCGGCAGCUGCGCGGCUGCUGCAUGUGGAGCUGGACGGCGAAGGGGCCGACGUCGAGGGCAAGUUGUUGAGGAACGCAGAACAGACGUUCAAGUACGUCGCUGUCGUCCACGGCGGCCUUAACCAGACCGAACGGUUGACUGCAGUGCGGCGUCUCCACCGACACCUUUUGAAGCCGCCUCCUCCCCCGGUGUCGUCGCUCCCUCCUUCCGUCGAUGCUGCGUCCUUAAUCUCCCCUCUCGUCCUUGUCGCGACUGACGUUGCAGCGCGAGGCCUCGACUUCCCCGCUGGGCUCUCGCUCGUCGUCAGCUACGACGCCCCAGCAGAGGGUGAGGUGUACGUACACCGCAUCGGAAGAGCCGGCAGGGCCGGUCGACGUGGACGGUCUUUUGCGCUGCUCACGCGAGCGGAGAAACGCUCUGCCGCACUUCUGGUCGAGGCGAUGGAGGCCGUCGAUCAACAGGCUCCGCGGCAGCUCCUGGACAUGGCGAUGGGAUACGCUCCGUUCCGGAAUGCGCGACUCGCCGGCAUGAAGAUGGAAGAACCCGCAAGAGGGAGGAAGAAGAAGGGUGACCACCGUCAAUCCGCCAACGCCUCCUUCGGGCUCGGCUACACAGGGCCUCAGUCGAGCAGCGCCGCUGAAGGCUCGCAUGCGAAGAAUGUGUACGCAGCAGCCGCCUCUGCAGCCGCGGCGGCGAUUUGUCUCCAGAAGGAGCAAGCGAUGAAUCUGAGAGAAGGCGGAGUGCCUGUCUCGGGGGCGACCGGCAGUUCCGCUGCCGGGACGGCAGGGGCGAAGCGAGGCCGGUGGGACUCGGACGAACAAUCGAAGAAGGGCGAAGACGGGGGAAGUGGACCCGUCACUCUCGAGCAGCUGCGGCCAGCCUCGUCGUCUCUGUCGUCCUUUUCGUUGAAUCCUGGAGAGGGGAAGGUGGAGAACGGCGGGGAUUCGCGCGCGCAACAGCCGCGCGUUGUCGGCGUCGAUGACGAGCUUUCUUCCGAUGACGAGCCGGCGGUUCCGGCAGCUCCUUCCCGUCCGGGUUUGCUCAAUCUGAGCAAGCGAGAAGAGCGCCGGAGACAGUGGGCAGAAGAGGCGGAAGCUCGGCGCGAACAGCAGCUACAGAAAGAGCGCGACGCCGAGCGACGAGAGCGCGUGUCGCCUCCCCGGAAAUCCUUCACGGAGCGUCGCCCAGGCGCGGGGACGAGUGAAGAGAGGAGAGCGGGAACGCGAGAGGGACAAGGGACAGGCGCGGAAAGCUCUUCCUUCUCUGUAGGAAGUCAGUCUGUGGACGCGAGGAGCCGUGUUCAAGCGGGCUUUGCGUCCGGACAUCAACACCCCCAGGCGGCGGCGCAUCACGUGGUGAACGCGCAUGCAAGGCCGGGGGACGUGCGGUCGAGUCCUGCGUCUUUGCAUUCCUUGUACGCCGCCUCGCAGCCUCAGAGCGGCCACGCCGGCGCACCUUCUCCUGCCUACCCCCCCCAACAGCUGAGCGCUGUCUGGGGAACCACCACGCCAGCCAGCGGCGGAGACGCACAGAGAGAUCGUGCCUGGGGUCAGGGUUCCCUGUGCACCUCGGCGUAUUCCGCUGUCCCGGCACCUAAUGUGCAUGCAUCGUUUGGAGCUGCAGGUGCGUCUGGACGCGUCUCCGACCCUGCCGCUGCGGCGGCUCUGGCGGCAGCCAUUGCGCAUGCACAGCAGGCGGCGGCGCGGAGAGACGCCGGAGGGAGAUGA